GAAUACUGCACAGCCUCUCAUCAGACAUCCAUCCAUUCCAGGUAGCACCCCUGUCGUUCAACCAACUGACUGCCUCGAGGCCAUCCCGCGGUCAUUUCGCUCAAUGUCCCAAGCCCCACCGUGCCGCACAGUGCCCGGUCUUCUCUUCUUCACUCCCACAGCACUCUCUGCCGCCGGCCGAUUCUCCCCGUCGUAUAUUCCAUCCUCUAUCCUUCUUAUUUCGGCCGUCAAUUUCAGUACCAAGCUCAUCCAUAUGAUGGUCGUCCAGUACUCCGUCACUGAUCACCGUCGUCCCACUAGCAUUUUUUACUCCCCCAAUCACCUUCUUACACCGCUUCUGUAUUUGCCCUCUUCACUCUCCAGGUAUGGCCAUCGAAUGACAAAGGGAAACCUACGCCUCCGCUCUCGCACGUUUCUCUUCCACCACUCUCUUUUCGGUCGGAACAAGUAUCAUUUCAUAUUCUGGAAUGUUCAGCCAUAUCCAGCUCACCAAAGGACUUUCCCCACAUACGCCCGACGAUCUCCGCCCUCUUUUAUGUACCGCGAUAACUAAUACGUGUGGGGGAACGUCCCUCCUUUCAUAAACAGCGUCGCCACCGCCAGGGCAUCCCAAUAUCUCCUGUGGGAUUCCGAUCCUAUAUACAUAACGUCAAUCACUCGCCACGGGGCCUGAACCAGGCGACCCUUCAAGCUCCACCAUUCUCUUCGACUGACACGUACAUAAGUGGAGU